CUGGCGUGGACUCGCCCGGAGCUCCUGGGCAUGCGCAAACGUGGCGGCGGUCUUUCAGGGCGCAUGAGCGCGGGGUGUGGCGAGAUGGAGGCGGGCGUUUCGCUCACUCCCGUUUCUCCGUUCGUCAAAAUGGCGUUGGAGGCGCUGAAGGGCCUGAUGGUCCCGCAUCUCCUCCCCGAGAGCUGCUACGACGAGCUCUUCCUGCGCUUCAAUUUCUUGCACAUUCCAUGCCUCAAAAUCCUGAUCAGCAAGGGACUGGGACUUGCUAUCGUUGCUGGCUCACUCAUGGUGAAACUGCCGCAGAUCUUCAAGAUCGUGGGGGCCAAGAGCGCCGAGGGGCUGAGCUUCCAUUCCAUAUUGCUGGAGCUCUUGGCCAUCACUGGCACCAUGGCCUACAGCAUAGCCAACAGCUUCCCUUUCAGUGCCUGGGGGGAGGCUCUCUUUCUCAUGCUGCAAACUGUGGCCAUAGGAUUCCUGGUGCAGCAUUUGGGGGGCCACACAGGACGUGGUCUGUCCUUCCUCUUCCUCUAUUUUGGAGUCCUUUCCCUCUUGCUGUCUCCUCUCAGCCCCAUGGCCGUCAUCACAGUGCUUCAGGCUUCUAACGUACCUGCUGUUGUCAUAAGCAGGCUCCUGCAGGCAGCUACAAACUACCGCAAGGGACACACGGGACAACUCUCGGCCAUCACGGCCUCCCUGCUUCUUGCAGGGUCUCUGGCCCGGAUCUUCACUUCUGUCCAGGAGACGGGAGACCCCCUAAUGGCUCUCACCUACGUGGUCUCCUCAGCCUGCAAUGGCAUCAUCGUGAUGCAGCUCCUGUACUACUGGAACGUUCCUGUCGACAAGCACAAGGAAGAGUAGAAGGGGUGUGUGGGGCAAGGAGACUUCCGCUGCAGGGGCCGGGCCUGGCCGCUUCACCCCCACAGCGAUGGGUUGUUCUGGGGUUUCUUGUGAGCUGAGGGAGGGGCCAGUGUGGCUGUUCCUUGGUGGGGAUUACAGGGAACCUCUGCAUCGGGCUGCCCAGUGGCUUCCAGGGGUGCCUGUAGGGAGAGAAGACUGUCUGGUGGGGGAAUCCACCUGGGCCCUCAGAGCCUUUUUUAAAAUUAAAGCACCGCUGUUCCUCA